AUGGAUUGGCGAUUUCUCUCUCUUCAGCUGUUCUUCUCUGCGCUACUUCUCACCGCGAGAGCUCAAACAGAUAAUCUAGGACUGAAAGACGGUUACAUCUCCUUCUCAACCGCCAAUUUCGACGUCGAAUUGGUAAAGGAUGCCCAGGUACUAGCGUCUCUAAAGCCUAAAGGCAGCUCCUUUGAUUUUCUGCCCUUUGAUUAUCUGCCCUUUCGUGCGGGCAAUGGCCAGUAUCACAACGGCGAUAUUACCUUUAGAUAUCGCUCUACUAGCGAUCAGACAUGGAUUGAUGGUGAUUCGUCGCAGGCUAGACAAUCUGUCUUGGCUAUCACCAACACCAAUGGUUCCACACUGGCAGCUGCCGACCUAAAGCCAACUCUUCCCAAGGGCAGUCCCUUACAGAUCACUCGCCAGUGGCUCGAGGKUGAUGGGGACCUUGGUCUCUCCUUCACCAUCGCCAAUCAGGGGAGCACUAGUCUGGAAAUCGGUAGCCUUGGAUUCCCGACGGAGUUCAACAGCAUAUUUACGAACCGCACCGCCGAGGACAUUCAAGCCUACUGUUCUCUAACAGAUCCAUAUAUCGGACUCGACGCGGGCUAUCUCCAAGUGGUACCUGUGUCUGGUAACGGAGAUGCCCUAAUCGUAACUCCGUUGAGAAACACCAAGACCCCCUUAGAAGCGUGGCGUAAUCUAAAUGAACCAGAUGUUUACACGGCCGACGCUUACGGUAGUCAGGUUUUUGAAGGUUUCUAUGAGUGGCAAACUUACUCCUUGGCCUACGAGGAAAAUGAAUGGGUCAAUGCAACACCCUGGAACACAGCUACCUCUACUGUAUUACAGCCUGGUAGAUCAAUCACCGUUGGCCUACGUUUCUCCCUCGUCUCUGGCGGUGUGCGUGGCAUUCAGCGGGCUGUCCAAACAACAGGUACACCACUGACUAUUGGCGCGAGCUAUGUCGUACCCUUAGAUUUGACAGCCAAUCUAUUCAUAUUUCACAACGCCUCUAUUUCAAACGUGGCCGCCGAUAGCAACGCGUUCAAGAUUGUGCGCCAAUCCAAAUAUCUUCAGCUAACCCCUACUGAUGCCGUCCAAGGCCGUACGAAGAUUACCAUCAACUACAGUGACGGCAAGACACAGACGGUACAUUACUUCAUCACUGCCUCUGGCCCAGAUGUGCUGAAAACGCUCGGUAAUUUUACAACCACCGAAAUGUGGUUUGACGACUCCAGCGAUCCUUUUGGCCGUGCGCCGUCCGUUAUGACGUGGGAUGACUCCGUGCAGGCGAUAGUCGACCAGGAGCCGCGCGUGUGGAUUGCUGGUUUGAGCGACGAAGGCGGCACAAUCCAUCUCGCAUCCACAAUGAAGCAAUUCGCACAGGCUGACGUCGCUGAGGUGGGACAACUUGAGCAGUUCGCAACCCAGGUCUUAUCUACCACCGUUCAGAACGCCAAUAAUUUCACUGUGCGUAAGAGCGUCUUCUACUACGAUCCUACAGUACUUCCGAAUUAUGCAUACAGCAGUAGCAUUGACUGGGGAAACUGGUGGUCCUGGAGUCAGGCCGCCGCAUACUCCACGGACCGUGCAUAUGAUUAUAUCCAUGUCUUGGGGUCAUACUGGGCGUUGUACCGAGCUGGUCGUGACAACCCUGCACUCUUCCCGAACUUUGAUUGGGAGUGGUAUCUUGCUCAUGCCUAUAACACAACCAUCACAUGCUUUGCAACGGAUUCCAACGGUGAUGGCCUCGUAGGCUACUCGCGUUUGGGGUUAAUGGGCGAAACGGUUGUGGGCGAGUUGCUCGUAGACCUGCGGCGGGAAGGUUGGACCGAUGAGGCAGCGCAGGUAGAGGCUGCCAUGAAACUACGAGCUGAUACCUGGGAUACUCAAGCUGUGCCGUUUGGCAGUGAGAUGGCGUGGGACUCGACGGGGCAGGAAGGAGUGUACUACUGGAGCAAUUACUUCAACCUAUCAUCCACCUCCACCAAAGCGAUCGGUACCAUUCUUGGCUAUUCACCUACCGUCUCGCACUGGGGUUGGAAUGGCAACGCCCGUCGUUACUGGGACUUUAUAUAUGCCGGCAAACUCCAGCGUAUCGAACGUAUGCUGCACCACUAUGGCUCCAGCCUAAAUGCACUCCCUCUACUUGCGCAGUUCCGCCAAACGCCGUCGGACACAUAUCUUCUUCGUGUCGCUUAUGGCGGUAUCACAGGUCCACUAAGCAACGUACGCGCGGACGGUUCGAUGUACAACGCCUUCCACUCAUUCCCCGACACGUUGGAAGGUGACGCGUACUCAGGUGACUACGGUCAGAACUUCCUUGGCGUGAUGCUUGGAUCCGGUACGUAUGUAGUCCAUGACCCGGACGUUGGCCUGAUAGCAUACGGUGGAAAUAUCGCUGUGGCAGGCAACACAGUAACGGUAAACCCACGCGACCCCGUGCGACGACGUAUCUAUGUGGCUGUGUUGGGUGUCUAUGUCACCAUCAGCGCGGGACAGAUUGAUAAAUUCAUAUUUGCGAGCAAUGGUCAGCCCGGAUCUGUACAGUUGACCAUUGUUCCGGGGGUCUCUGGAGCUACGGAAGUGAUUGUCUGGGUUGAGACGCCCGGUACCACCGAUACUUAUUCGGUCACGACGGCAGGUGGACAGAGAUUGAGAGGGGGCACGCACUUUGACCUCCCAAGUAGCGGUCUUCAAGUGACUGUUGCGAAGUCGAAGUAG